AUGGAGAAGGGAUGUCCGCAGGGAUCGAGCCUAGGCCCGACCCUGUGGUUAAUGGUGAUGGAAGAUUGGUUUAUGAGUAUGGAUGAAGUGAAAGGGAUGGGAGUGACUGCGCAGGCGUACGCGGACGAUCAAAUCUUGGUGGUGACGGGUGCGUCUGCGAGGAGAGUGGAGAGAGUGUGGGAGAAUGUUUGGGAGAAGUGUGAAGAGUGGGCGAGUAGGAAUAAGUUGAGGUAUAAUAAGGAAAAAACGGAGGUGAUGUUUGUGGAGGCGAAAGGGAGAGUGAGAGCGCCGGUAGUGAGAAUGGGAGAGAUGAGGAGGGAGUGCGGAGAUAGGGUGAAGUAUUUAGGCAUGGUGUUGGAUAAGAAGGGGUUGUGGAUAGAGCAUGUGAAAGAGGUGAGGAGGAAAGCAAGCAGCAUAGGUGGGAAGUUUAUGGCUCUAGCCAGAAGAAGGUGGGGAAAGAAAUGGGCGGUGUUGAAGUGCAUGUACGAAGGAGCGGUGUGUAUGAUGGUUAUGUAUGGAGCUGGAAUCUGGGGAGCGAGAGCAGAGGACGUGAGAGUUAGGAAGCAGUUGAGGGCGACGGAAAGGCCUUUCUUGAGGGCCAUUAUGGUGGCGUAUGCGACGGCGCCGACGGCUGCGCUGUCGGUGCUGGCCAGGUACGUGCCGUUGGAGGUAAGAGCGAGAGUAAAGUAUGAGGGAGAUAGAAUGUGGAGAAAGAGGGUGGUUCUUGGAGAGAGGCCACAUCCGGCGUAUAGGGGAUGGAACAUGGAAGAAACCGGACAGGUCGGGAAUGAGAAGAAAAUAAGGAUUUGGGUUGAUGAAGUGAUGAGGGAUGAAGAGAGAAAAGGAUACGGGUGUGUGAUGUUGAAGGAAGGAGUGGAUAGAAAGAGCGAGAGUGGUGACAGGGAAUGUAGGGGUGAGUUGGAAGAGUUGGCAGUAUUAGAAGGGGUGAGAUGGGGUACAGAAUUAGUGAGACUGGGCGGGGAGGUCUGGGUAUUUACGGAUUCGAGGGAGACUGUGAGGAUGCUCGGGACCUCGCUGCCCAGAAGGAAAGGGAUUAAUAGUAUACAAAGAGAAUUGGUAGAGAGUCUGGGAGAAGGGGUGAGAACGAUGGUAAAAUGGCAAAGGAGAGGAAGUGCAGGGAACAAGAGAGCAGAAGAGAUAGUAAAGAGGAAGAUAAGAGAAGGAGGGGAGAGAUUGGAAGUGAAUGUUGCGAGGAAGAAAGAGAUGAGGAAAUGGAUAGAAAGAGAGGAGAUAUCGAGAUGGCAGAUAGAAUGGGAUCAAGGAACGACGGGGAGGUGGACGUACGAAUGGAUCCCUCAGGUUGGGCGGGGGAUAAUCCGAACGACGUACAAGUUGACUCAACAGUUGACAGGACAUGGUAACCUCGCGGUCAGCCUGAGGAGAUUUGGUAGGAGGGAUGGUGAGGUUGAAUGCGAACGUGGAGAGGGUGAGGAGAGUGCGAGGCACCUGGUAAAUGAAUGUAGAAUGGGAGUGUGUGUUAGAGAGAGAGAGAGAGGUUCAGGGGAGAGUAUGGAAAUUGCCCACCUCUGGAACGGGAGAGAAGUGAACAAAUGGUCCGGAAUCUUACCAACUGGACUGAGGAGAUAG